AGAAUGGAGAUGUUUCUUUAUAUGACGACACCAGAGCAGGAGUCUUGAUGGUGUUUUUUAGAGAGCUGAAAGCUGCAGAUGCAGGAACAUACAGGUGUGGAGUGAUAGUAUCUGACUAUACUGAGAGCUUCACUCAACUUCAGCUGAGCGUCAAACACGGUGAGGAACAGAUAAUACUGAAUCUUUUUUUUUAAAAAGUAUUUUUUCUCAUCUUUAUGUUAACUUGCCUUGUUUUGUAGAUGCAAAAUAUCCAAUGGGUGUGACUAAAACUGCUUAUCUUUGUGAAGAAGUCAGCAUCAGCUGUCAGAUCUCAGAGGAACAUAAAGUUCAUUUCUGCAAAGAGGAUGAUAAUCACAUCUGUCAGAACAUCAGCUCAUCUAAAGUGACACAAAUGAGUGGUUCAUCUGAGAGAAAUGAAGAGAGAGUUUUUACAGUGAGCAUCAGUAAUGUGAGCGUGAGAGAUGCUGGAGUUUACUGGUGUGGAGCAGAAACCAGAGACACAUAUUUGACUUUCAUCUCCCUGACCACGAAAAUUCAGCUCAACCUCAUCAUGGCUCCAGUAGUGAGACGUGAAGGAGAAUCUGCUGAGAUCAUCUGUCCUUAUGAUUCAAUCUAUAAAUCAAACACAAAGUCUCUCUGUAAGGGGAAGUGCUCCACUAGAGACAGCAAUCCUCUCAGUGAGACUGUGAGAGAAGAGAAAGAUACCAAGACUGACAGACUGACUCUGAAAGAUAACGUCACUGCAAGUGUCUUCACUGGGACCAUCACUGGACUGACAGCAGAGGAUGCUGGGAAAUACUGGUGUGCAGUGACAUUAGAAACAGAUCUCAAUUAUCUUUACACUCAUCUGAUGGUCAUCAUGAACGAGGAGCUGAACUUGACUAAGUAUGAAGGAGACGACGUGUCAAUCCAGUGCAAACAUCAUGAUGAAGAUCAGAAAAGCUUCUGCAAAGCACAUGAAGCCUCCAUGUGUGUGAAGGAUGGAGUUUCAUUGGAGACGAUCAGAGAUGAUCGAUUCUCUUUCAGUGAUGAAGCAUCUACUGGAGUCUUUACUGUGAACAUCACUGAUCUGAGAGAAGAGGAUUCUGGGAUAUACUGGUGUGGAGCUCACGUCAUGUCCAAAGUGCAUUUAAACAUCAGCAAAGAUAAGGACAGCAGUAAGAUAACUUUAUUUUAUUUUUUAUUGUCAAAUAUGAACACUUACAGAUCUUCCAGUGUGACAUUGACGUUGUUCUAA